AUGGCUCGUCCAAGUAUCUCUAUUUUGAUGAUUUGCUUACUGCUUUUCAUUGUAGGUUUUGUCUCGCAGUCUUCUGAAGCUAGAAAGGUUUUAAUGCCUUAUGGUGCAAGCAAGGGUUUGUUUCUUAGUGCCCUACCAAAGGGAAAUGUACCACCUUCGGGUCCAAGCGACAAAGGUCAUACUUCUCCUCCUGUAGAUUAUCCCGAUCAGCAUAUGGUACCGGAAAACUCUCCGGAGAUUCACCGUCUACUAGGAUCAGUCCCUAGCCCCGGCGUGGGUCAUUAG